AUGAAUAUACCCAUUUGCUUCUUGUAUACUGUUCUUCUGUUUUACUCUUCAAUUUCUAUUCAUUGGCUUGUCUGUUCUCUUGUGUCUGUUGACAAUUAUAGAUUUCUGCCUGACAAGUUAGGCCAAAAGGGGUGCCGCGGAAUCUCCAAACCAGCCUUUCCUCUUUGGGAUUUUUUUUUUUUUUUUCUUUUCCGCGUGGCGGUUCACGAUUUCACGAUCUCCCGGAGUCGAGACAAAUUGUUGCUUUUUAAUUUCUCACAGCACACAGCAAUUCACCAAUAUGAUCAGUGCCACGGUCGACGAGCCACUUCACGGUUGGUUCCCCGAUCUACACUACACUCUUGGUCCAUUCGGUCCACAAAAGAUAAUGGAACUGAUAAGCCAGUGCUCGAUCUCCCGCAACUCUACGAGAAGCCCUCGGGCACCGAUCUUGUGAAAGCGCUGGCUCUGCUGAGUUUGCAGCCACGCACAUUCGGCACCAGCGCUGAUGUCGUCAAGGGCCCGGCCGUCCAGCCCGCUGGCGUGACUCGGUAUCUCACAUCCAUCAUCUCGAGCCCGUUGGCAUGGCUCGAGACCGAUGAACUCCGCGAGGCAAUCUGGGAUGCGGCCGCUGCACGACUCAGUGAGCGCUCUGGCCGAGCUGCAAUGCCGGCUAUGUCUCGCAUUUUCGAUGUGCCCACCUCCUCCGGCGAGGACUACACUCUGACACUCCACGAACCAUCACUCACGGCUGAUAACCUCGGCAUGAAGACCUGGGUGUCAUCCUACCUUCUCUCCCGCCGGCUCCAUAACCUCCUCGAAUCGCCCCCGCAGCUGGUCCCUACUGCCUCAACUGACCCCUCCGCAUCCAAGACUGAGAUUCCUCUGCGGGCACUUGAACUUGGCGCUGGCACUGGGUUGGUCGGGCUCUCCUUUGCCGCUCUCCAGGGUAAAUCGGCCACCAUCCACCUCACCGACCUGCCCGAGAUCGUCCCGAACCUCGCCCACAACGCUGCCUUGAACGUAGAGCUUCUCAACCGGACCGGGGCGACUGUGACCACCGGCGUACUCGAUUGGUCGGUCACGCCGUCGCCCUUGCCAUCGGCGGAAGAGCGAUUCGACGUGAUUCUCGCGGCUGACCCGCUGUAUUCUCCCAGUCAUCCGAAGUUGUUGGUUGAUACCAUUGCGCCUUGGCUUAGCCAUGGGCGUGAUGCGCGAGUCGUGACGGAGAUGCCUUUGCGGGAUGCGUAUCUGCCACAAGUGCAGGAAUUCCGUCGGCGAAUGGGUGAGUUGGGCCUUGCGGUCGUUGAGGAGGGUGAAGAGGUUGGAUAUGAUGACUGGGAGAGCGCGGAUGGAGGCGCCCUGGCCGUCAAGUGCUGGUGGUCCAUUUGGGGAUGGACUGAAAAGGUAUAGAGGAACGAGCUGCCAGGAUGUUGUGUCCCGGUCCGGGUCGGGCACGAUCAAACGACAUCACGAAUAAUAAACGAUACACGAUAGAUUUAGCAUAAGAAUUGUAGAACUUGGUUAGCAAUGCAUUGGUUCAAGGUUGAAACUUUCGAGAAACAGUAGUCAGUAAAUUUUAAAAUGAAAAAAUGCGCAAAUGCUUUAGCUGAACAUGGGAUCUUUG